GACGCGGGACGUUUCUGGUCUCGAGCACCGCGGAUUUACUCCACCUGGCACGCGCACGAUGAUGGAAAUAAAUAUGGAAUGAUAACGCCAGACAACGCAAGAUGGGCAGGCGUUGAGAUCAGCUUUAACUUCUCCCGGUGGCAGCACAGCUUCGAUAUGGAUGAGUUUCAUCCGUUCAUUGAGGCUCUGCUACCCCAGGUCCGUGCCUUUGCCUAUACCUGGUUCAACCUCCAAGCCAGGAAAAGGAAAUAUUUCAAGAAACAUGAGAAGAGGAUGACUAAAGAAGAAGAGAGAGCUGUGAAAGAUGAACUGUUGGGUGAGAAGGCAGAGGUGAAACAGAAGUGGGCAAGUCGACUUUUGGCCAAGUUAAGAAAAGACAUAAGACCAGAGUGCAGGGAAGACUUUGUCUUGUCAAUCACUGGGAAGAAAGCUGCAUGCUGCGUCCUGUCAAAUCCUGACCAGAAAGGCAAAAUGAGACGCAUAGACUGUCUCCGACAAGCUGACAAGGUGUGGAGGUUGGACCUGGUGAUGGUGAUUCUUUUCAAAGGGAUACCUUUAGAAAGCACAGAUGGAGAGCGGCUGAUGAAGGGGGGCCAGUGCUCCAAUCCAGUCCUGUGUGUCCAGCCUCGACACAUCUCUGUCUCUGUCAAAGAGCUAGACCUCUACCUCGCUUACUAUGUACAGGAGAGAGAGUCAGAGCAGAGCAGCCGCAGUCCCAGUCGUACAGGAGUGGGCUCUGAUCAAGAGGACAGUCGAACUGCCACCAUGGAUGGUCCAGAUUUCCAGGAGAGUUUUGUGACAUCAGGAGUUUUCAGUGUCACCGAGUUGGUACAGGUCUCAAGAACUCCUGUAGUCACAGGAGUGGGACCUAGUUUCUCUAUGGGAGAGCUCCAGGGCCAUCUAGCAUAUGACCUGAACCAGUCUGUCAACCAGCCAUUAAGCCUCAGACGAUCACUGGCCAGCACGUCAUCCAGUGGGAGUAAACGUCAUAAGUCUGGCUCUAUGGAGGAAGAAGCUGACAGUCCAGGAGGGGAGUAUUACCACUCACCUUCCUCUCCUGCCAGCAGCUCCAGGAACUGGACUGAUGACAUGGAAGGAGGUCUGUCUCCUCCUGUUAAAAAGGCUGACAUGGACAGUCCCUCACCCCAAGAAGACUCACCAAGAAUGGGCUCCUUUACUCAGCACCACCGCCCAGUCAUAGCUGUCCAUAGCGGUCUGUCCCGGAGUCCACACCCCUCCUCAUCUCUUCAUUUCCCGUCCUCGUCCUAUUUCCCACAUGGAGCAAUCCGGUAUCCCCCUCACCUGGCCCAGGACCCGCUCAAAGAUCUCGUCUCAUUGGCUUGUGACCCAGCCAAUCAAUCCCCCAGCUCACUGAAUGGCAGCAACCAGGUUAAAGUGUCUAGUCACUACAUCUCCUCUCAGAUGUUGGCAACCCCUGGACCAGUAUCCUCUCUGGCUCCUCCUCCAUCCACCCUACCCAGGCCAACACUGCCUGCAGAGUCAAAGGCCUCAACCACCUCUUCUGAUGGGGGAGUAAAUUCCCCCACAUCACCAACAUACUCGGCCCCUGGGACCCCACCUGCCAACCGUACGUCCUUUGUUGGAGUCACUUCACGAGACCCAGGUGGACUCUACCAAACCCAGUCUUGGUAUCUGGGGAACUGAGUGAACUCUGGAGGGCAGGUGAAAGUCACUGUAGUUCUGUCCCAGAGGAAAAGGAAACAAUGUUGACAAGGCAUUGUCAGAGGAAAAAUAUAUUCAGCUUUAUAAAAGCAUAAUAUGUGGCAUACAUACAUAUAAAUAUACGGUGGAAUACAUUUAUAUGUGUGCAUGUACAAAGAAGAGACAUGGAAGAAGAAUGCUGCUUUCUCUCAGCCAUAUAGCAGUCCCACAAUGAACUAUGCCAUACGAGGCUAAAUGGUUACCAAGAAUGGCAACUGUUGUGAGAUGGGAUUUUUAAAUCCAAGUUAGGUAUUGAUGCAGAUGUCUGUUUUGUUCAGAAGAACUGCAUAGCAGUAUCAGGACUCAACAAACCAGACCCAAGAGGCCUGUUACCUGACUGUGCCCCCAGGAUGAGACCUGUUCCCUUGGAUGGAUGUCAGCCUUUAUUCCAGCACCCCGGGUCUUUUCGCUAAAUCUAGUAUAAGGCCUCCCUCCUGGAACAGAUGUAGACCUCAUCCCCCCUCAACACCCAGAAUGCCACUCUCCGCUGCAGGUGCUGCUUAUAAUAUAUGCAAAUAAGCCUCCCUUUUUUAUCUGACUAGAGAUAUCCUCCUACUAUUAUGUAUUUUUUUGCACUUUUGGAUAUGUUAUUGCCACAUUUGAAGAAAAUCAAGGGUUAAAACAACACAUAUGUUUGAUCUUCCCGCUUACAAGCUGAGGCUUUGUUUUUUUUAUUGACAAUCAUCAGCCUGAAACCAUUAUUUGCUUUGCAAUUUUCUUGUUUUUAAGACUUUUUCCUUUUUAUCAGAAAACGGUGGAAUAUGUCUCCUCUAAGACAAGAGACAAUGCUACAAUUUGACAUCAGUUACAAAAGGUCCAGUGCUACUGGUAUUGGGAAGGCAGAGGAUGUUGAUUGAAAUAUGCCUCUUCCUUCAGAUACAAAUCAGUUUGUACAACAGUUCUUAUAUAAACAGACAAAGUCAUCGUGUCUGGAGGAGACAUAGAAAGACCUCAGUUGAUCUGAGAAAAGGCAAAUUGACACAUGGGAACCUGAAUCAUACGGCAGAACAGCCAACAGCAGCAAGUAGCUGUUGAACUGUGUGUUUGUAUAAGUAGCAUGGGGUAUUUUGUGUGUGUGUGAGUGUGUGUGUGUCAAAAUGUAAGAAUAGUUUCCAUGUUUGUGCACUCAUCCCCGCUUCGUUUUAAGGACAUGUGAGGGUAUUUUAGUUUUUGAAGAACAUGGUGGUGUGGUUUUUACUUUUAUAUUGGGGAAUAGAAUGAGUUAAAGCAGGCAUUGCACUUUGCUUAAGUUAAAAGGAGAAAGUUGUGGUUAUGCAGCAUGCUACCAAGGUGUUUUUGGAUUUCUGAUGUGGAUACUGAUUUGAUGGGAGCACAAAAUCCAGAUGUCCGUUGAGCUUUGAAAAGAUAGUGACUGACAAGGUGUUUUUAGAAAGUUGAUGCACUGUGGAGCUCAACCCAAGAAACAGUAUGACAUGGUGUUUGAGUUACAGAUCAGGCAGCUCAAGACAGAUCUAGACAAACGUUGAUGAUCAACCACUGACAACAAGCAGGAAGUAAAGCACUUAAAAGUCUUGCAUUGCUUGCAUUUGUGGCCCAGCCAACACAAUAUUUUACCCAUAGUAGUGCUUUUAUGAGCUGAAGCAAUAUUCUCUAAUUCAUUUAUGCUCACAGGUUUAUUAGUAUAAUAAUCUUUUAAAUAUUCAAUCAUGGAUCAGGAUCAUUUAUGCUUGAUUCGUGCAAAUAAUUGCAUUUUAAUUUUGUUAUGGUAAGCCCAAACAAUUAUCCUACUCUGAAGACAAGCAACAUCUUAGAGAUGUCGUACUGAGAUCCUAGCGAUAAAAACAACUGCUGAGAACACUGAGAACGAGGUAUGGCUAUUAAAAAACGAGACAGUAUUAUUGAACAUAAACUUUUUUCAACAUCUCUCUCCUUCGAUCUCCUCCCCUUCUUCAUCGACAUGCCACUGCAUUCAGAUCUUCCACUGAUCAAAGCAGAGUAGUUGGUCUUUCUUCAGAUGGUGGUCUCAAAACCUCUGUCAUUCUUUUCUUAACUUCUUACUUAAAGUGUGUCCCUUUGAGCACAGAUUCGAUGUUGAGAAAAAGAAAAAAGUCAAACACUGCUAGAUCAGGUGAAUAAGGAGGGUGAUCAAACACUGUACUUUGUGUUUGGGCUUAAACUUUUGUGGUCACUUUCUUCAGACUUCAGACUUUUUUAGACAGAGUUUUUCUAAAACCUGUUUGUAAAAGUGUUGCUUCGCCGUCGACCCUUCUGGAACUCACUCCUCCAAAACGAUAUCCUUUAAUGUAAAGAAAACAAUCAACAUAACCUUGAGUUUGGACUUGUUUUGUGGUGCUUUCCUAAUGCUUGGUGACGAUGGUGUUUUCUAAUGCAUUGACUGCUGUUUUAUCUCAGCAUCUUAUUGGAAGAUCCGAGUUUCAUCACAUGUAAUCACUCCUUUUAAAUGAGUUUUGUUUUUCUUUAUUUUCUCCAACAUGUCUCCACAAAUUUGUGUUUUUCCUUUUGAUCAGGCGUCAGAAGUUUUGGGACAACUUUGGCACAUACUUUUGUCAUGUUCAAAUUUUCAUGCAAAAUUUGCCAAAUGGUCUCUAUCAAUGGAGACCAUUUCUGUUAUCAUUCUUAUACUAAGUUGGUCAUUUUGAACGAUUUGUUCAAUUUAUUGAAUGUUUAAAGAAGUACUUGAUGUGCAUGGGCUCCCAGAGCGUUCAUCGUCUUGGACAUCCUCUCUGCCUUCACAAAAUCUUUUGUGCCCUUCAAACACACGUGCAGGAGACGUGCAGUGUUCACCAUACAGCUCAGUUGAUGUACAAAAAGAUUCAGCUGUUGUUCAGUUUCACCAGAAAUAUCAAGUGAAUGCUCAACUCUUAAGCUAAUAAUUUUCUGACGCCUCAGCAAAAGCACAUGCACUUCAAUCGGUAGCUAGCAGUGAACUAAAGAUGUUGCUUAAUGGAGACUUACAGCAGUUGUGUGAGAAUAUCCAACCUUUAAUAUAUAACACUCAGUCUUACUGUGAACCAUGUGGUUUUAUCCUCAUAAAUGCAGUCUUAUUAUUUAAUAGCCAUACCUCAAUGUCCAGAGUCUGUACAAAAGAGUCAAUUACAAGCCAGAAUCAAACUAUAAAAGCUCACCACAAAAAUGUGUAUGCAAACUCAAAAUGCAAGAGCAGUUAAAAAAAUGCACCCUGACUUUUUAAUAUUUUGUGAAACAUAAAUUUAUGCUUGAAAUAUCAUAAAAUACAUUUCUAGGGACUCAUUUUAUAUUAAGUGUAAUUUUUUUAACCCUCAACUUAACCUUGUCUCAUGUUAUUUGUUGCCUUUUUAUGUGGAUUCGUAUAUCAUGUUCAUGGGAAGCAAAUUUGCCUGAGCUUAUUGAGUGUUUGUGCACUCUGCAGACAUUAUUACAUGAUUUAUGCACUUGUGCUACCUUAUAAACAGUUGGAUGAAUGUCAGAGGGGUAUUUUUUUGCUUUUUGUAUCAUCCAUCCCAUUUUUAAUCAUGAAAGCAAUUUCCUGAUCUUGAAGGCGUUUUGAAUCUCCAAUGCCUUGUUAGCUAAUGUAAAGUCAGUGAAGAAGGAUGAAGAAGUGUGACAUGGCUCAUAAGAAUACUAACUUUAUUAAUUAGAAGGGCUGUCAGGAUUAAUUGUGAUUAACUACACUCCACAAUAAGUGCACAUUUUUUAUCACGAUUAAUCGUUUCCCAAAAAUUUGGUUAAGUCAAGUCAGUGUCUCCUUGCAGCUACAGUGAUGUAAACUAAGUCCACCACUACUCCUUAAUGUCUUUUUUUACUUGAAAACUCACAGACAGCUAAAGUCAGAAGCAUUAGCUGCCAAACAUUUACCCUUUUAGUGUUCAUUUAUUUCCUUUUAAUCCAUAACAAAUUCCUUUUUCGUUGUUAGCACAUGUUAAAACCUUCAGUCUUCCCAUAAAAGCAGGUCUGUAUCCCUCCAGGAUGUCUUUUACCCUUGGUCCAAGACAUUAGAAAUCUCCAAAAUUACGCAAGCAGUUUUGAAUGCAACCUAGUGGAAUUUUUAAAUACUAAAAAUUGUGUGCGAUUAAUGGUUUUUAAGAAUUGUGAUGUUUUGACAGCCCUAUAAAUUAAACUCCAGGAAACUACUAAAAUAUUCCUUUUAAAAGUCAGGCAUCCCUCUGUUUUAAAUAAAAACGUUUAGAAUAAUAUAGAAAUAAGUUGAAAUUACAACCUGCUGCAAGGAAAAUAUUUCGUCUUUUCCCUUCAUGAUCACAGAGUCAAAAUUGGAGUACUAGUGUUGUAAGAAAAUAGGCUUCCCAAACAGCCAUUAGAUGGAAAAAUCACAGGCUUGCCAGCUUUGAACUACACAACUUUAUGUGCUAAAGUGGUAGUGUGAUUUUUUUGGGGGAUGGGGGUGGGGGUGGGGGGGUGGUAGUUCAUACCUGGAAUUCAGAAAGAAAGACGGUUUUCCUUGAGUUUUUGCCUUGCCUUUCUCUUGUCUCUUUGUGUUGUCUACAUUUUCAAGUGUGAUGGCUUUAGAAUAGUUUUUUGUGACUUAUUUUAACUUGCAAAAAAGGGGCUCCAUGUGUUUUUCACUACCUAGAGAUAGUGUCUUCUUUUUAUUUAUGCCAUUUUGUUGUCCAGAUGCAUCUUUAAUAUGUGCGUGGUCUAAACAAAGGUGUCGGUUUGUCUUCUACUCAUUCUUUCCCAGGUUUAGGGGUUAUAAUAAACAGCAGUCAGUGCCUACUAUGGGUUCAGAUUUUGUACUGAAGGUGCUGAUAUUAACUAGGUUUGGUGGGGCAAAGUUUAAGUUUUUUUGUUACAGUUGGCUUAAAGCUGAUGUAUAAUGCAUGGUGCUGCCCUGGUCGCUGUGCUGACCUAAUGAAUGCAUGGCUCAAACUGAUGAUACCUCCUCCUCUCUAUCCUGCUCUUCCUCCUCCUCCCCCUCCUCCCUCUGCUCCAGAUCAGAGGACCGUUGAUGGAGGGUUGUCUGUUUCUUUACAUUUUAAUAAUAGCCCUGUUGUUAAACUUCUAUUUUGCACGAUACUUCAUAAAACACAUUAUGUGCCUUGCCUUUAGUUAAUAACAAUUAUACAAAUGGGAAAGUGAUCAUAUUUUCAUGGUAAAGCUGUAAGCUGAAAACAAACAAGACAAAACAUAUAAAAAAAGCUGCAUGUGUGAUUGCUUGACAUAAACCAGUGUAGCAGAUACAUAGUUAAGGUUAAACAGUGGCAGUGAUUGAACUGCCACCUGGGAUACUGGCUUUGAUGUAAGCUUUGUGAAAGCUUUCAUUGGCUUCAGCAGUCUACUUUUCCAUCAGCUUAAGGCAAAACAGAUUUUUACAGCAAACAAGAAACACUCCAGCAGUUUGGUGAUUACAGUUUCCUUUCACUGAUGUACUUUUUCUUCUGCUUUUAAACACAUAUGAUGAGCUCAAGCAGAUACUGAGGUGGUCAAGUUUGGAAAUAUGGAUAAGUAAAAAAUGCAGGGAGAAUCUGGACCCUUAACCUGGUUCAGAAGUUAUGGUCUUGCUAAAGUCCUUUCCUCAAAUUCGUAUUAAAUAAUUUCAAUGAACGCUGAAUGAACUGAUAGAUUGUGAAAACUGAUUAUUGCUUUUUUCUGCACAGAAAAAGAACUGUACUUCCCACAAUGCUGGCCUGUUAAGAGUGGAUUUCAUGGCAGUGUUUGGUAUAAUAAGGUGUUGAUUGCACUCAUAGAGCUGAUCUCGUUCAGUGACUCUGCUUUUAAAGCUGAAGUAUUGGCUUUAAGGUGUGUGGACAAAGGUAUAUUGAUAUUAACAGUGUUAAUAGUAAGAUGUGUGCUGCCCCAAAAUGUGGACCGGGGUUUGUUGUGAUGGACUCAGUAAUUUAAGAAAUAGUGAAGUAUAGCUGCUUUAGAUCCGAAAAAGUUUGGUGGUAAGUCCUAAAUAUUCACAAUAGAAGAAAAAACCAUCUGGAGAGAUUCUACUCAGCUCAGCCUGCAUCCUGCUUUGAUUCAAGUAUAAAAUAUAUGCAAUCAUCUGCUUUGUUUUUUUUACUGCCGGAAAAACUCAUUUAAUUUGUUGUCAGUAUUUCACCAAUGUGACCGAGCCAACCAAUGCCAUGUGAAACAAACACGGGUUUUGGUUUUGAGGUUCAGCAGCUCUAUGAUUGCCCAUUAAAACACCGUCCUUGCCUGUAUAAUGACUCUGACCAUGUGACUUAUCAUAUCACAUUAAAAAAGGCCAUACUCUGAAUUAAGUUUAUAUGGAUGCAUGCACUUAACACUAUUCUUACUCAGUUUGGCUUUUAUGUUAUUUCUUAAUUUUUUCACGAGUUACUGUUAUCAUUUUGCUUGUAGAAAUAUAAUUUGAAUCACAGCAGUGUGUAUAAAAACGUGUACAAGAUGGACUUAUAAAGCUAUACAACAAAUGUAUAGAAUGUUUAAGCCUGUUGUGUUUGUGUGUCUUAGUUUGUCUGUCUUAAGAAGAUAGACAAGCUUUAGAAAAAGCUAGCCCAUGAAAUGGGAAAAAAUUGAUUUUCUGGCUUAAAAUUUUGCCAUGUAAUGGUUAGUGAGUGAUAAAAGGGGAUAACGGUGGUGGGAGGGAACUUGUCUUUGACAGAAAGUUUGGGUAAGAAAUAAUUCACUCAAAGAGUGCAUGCUUACCAUAAGGCUACACAGUCCUCUAAAUGUGUGAUUCUAAAUAAAGAAAGCUUACAGUGUAGCAUUUAACCCUUAGAAGUCCACAGGCGUUUUCUCAAUACUUUUGACAAUACAACUCAGAAAAUGUUUGCCAUGCUCAUGUUUGGUUUCUUUUUUUCAGCACAAUCUCAACUUUAUAAAAUCAAAGCUAUUUUUUAACUUACCGUACUAGAUAUAGGACCUCCAACAACACACAAUAGUAAAAACAAAGAUUAAAAAAAAAAAAUGCUAUUUAAAAAUAUGUAUAUAUCAAUAUAUGAUGAAAUUGGCAUUCCUAGAUUUACAAAUUUAGAAAAUGUUGUAAACGUACACAUAAAAGUGUUAAAAUUACAUAUAUCAAGCUAAAAAUGAAAGCUGUUACACAGAAUACAUAUGUAUGUAUCUAGCUUUUUUUAAUCCACUAAACAAUGCCUAAGGUUAAAAUCAUUUUUGUUCUUAAAUAUACAAAGAAAAUGGAUUUUUUCCAUUGCAAGACUGUGAAGGAUUCUCAAGCAGUGCAAAUUAAACAUACAGAGAUGUUUAAGUGAGCUAAAAGUGCUUAUUUACCACAAGGCUACAUAGACCUCUAAAUGUGUUACUCCAUAAAUAGAAAGUUUAGCGAGUAGCAUUUUCCCCACAUUUAACCCUUAGAAGUCCACAGGCUAUUUUUGCUGUUUUGUUAAUACUUUUCUUUGGACAAUAUGAACACUCAAAAAAUGUUUAUCAUGCUCAUGUUUGGUAUAUUUUUUUCAGCACAAUCUGAAAUUUAUGAAAUAAAAACUUUUUUUUAAACUUUAAGGUGGUGUACUGCAUAUAAGUAUUCCAAAAACACACAACAGUAAAAACACAGAUUAAAAAAAAAUAGCUAUAAAGAGAUUUUUUUUACUAAAAAAAAAAAAAAAAAGCUAAAGUUAUGAAAGCAUUAGGAAGGCUGUACCCUACGUGUACCCCACAUUUAAAUUAAUUUUAUAUCAAAUUAAAAUGAUCCUUUUUUCUGCUCUUACUGACCUAUUGACAUCGAACAGUCAUACUUUCCACACAAAUUGAUUGCAAUGCAAAAUGUGGCUUUGUUUUCAUGCUAUCCUGUUACAAAAAGGCGCAUGAUGAAAUCAUGCCAUGGACUUCUAAGGUUUAAAUUUUGUCUUUAGUAAUUUGGCCUUGUAUGUUAUGAAUUGUGUUAAACAGAUUACAUACUAGUAUACCCUUAUGGAAAAUGCCUUUACAAUUAACAACAAUGCUGCAGUUUUUCUUUAAAAUUAUAGCUUUCUACAUAGUUUUUUCUGUUCUUCUUUUUUAACAAGUAAGCCAUACAUAAAUGUGUUUGUAUGCAGUUAAUGAUUUGCAACAUUAAAAGCUCAUGGAUAAUCCAUUCAGACAUCAUAUGUUAAUUUGGAAAAUAAUGGGAUGAUAUGUUGUGCAGUAAGGGGGUGAACUUUUUGGGAAAAAUGAAUAGUGAUAAUGUUCAGACUGAAAUAAUUCUGGCCUUUUCUUAUUGUGGAAUGUGUUCAAGCAAGAUUUACAAUCAGCAAAUGUAAGCGUAGCGGUCCUGAUCUUAACAAAAUUUACAGUUUAAAAGACCAGAUAGAAGAUAGGACAUGGAUUGAUAAAAAAGGAUGCAAACUGAGAUGCAUCUGAUCAAAGCCAAACAGAAAGAGUACAGAUCAGGAUUCACAGCUAAUUAAGAAUACAGAAAUAUACAACAUAUCCCUGCGCUUCACAGUUUACACUCGCCAUCUUCUCCUGUCAUAAUGAUAUAAUCAUGACUAUAAUAAUGAAUAUAAUAUAAUAUAUAAUCAUAAUGAUGAAAAGUCUAUGGUUAAAAGCUGGUGGAGAGUCUGCUUGUUUCCCUCAGGUACUAAAUUGUACUUCAUCUGCAUUUAAGGGAUUUUUUUAACCUUUUAACCUUGACAUGUAUGAUAACAAACACUAUUUAAAGACAUGGUUGAAUGAAUUUUUACUAAGGUUGGUGGUUCUUGGCCCUAAGCUGAGAUCUGAGUCAUCAGAUAAUGAAGCAAAAAUUCUUUUCAUCUUUUUUACUCUGUUUUUUUUUUUUUUUUCUUUAU